GUCAGUUGGCUGGGUGCGCGACCGAAGCACACCAUCAUGCACUAAGUUCCUUAGUUUGGUUUGUUAGUUUUUCCGUUACGAUUAAUUACACGAAACGAACAUGUCAGACCACGAAUUGACCGAAGACGAUCGCGAAAUCAACGUCCUGGACACCGAUUCGAGGCUAUCGCACAGUGACAGUGAGGCGCGCAGUUCGCGGUCCAGGUCCAGGAGUCGGUGCAGCUCGCCGGAGAACGUGACGACGGCGCGCGGCACCACCAACACGCUGCCCUUCAGCAUAUCGAAUCUGCUGGGGAAGAACUUCGAGAGCAAACAGGACCUGGUGGAUGGGGGCGAGGGGCUCUACCAGACGCCGGCGGGCAUAUUCCAGCAGCGCGGCGCCUUGGGCUUGGUGCCGACCGGGUUCUACGGACAGGGGGUGCUCAGGGUGCCGGCGCACCGGCCGCUCGGCGGGCCCGCCAGCCCGCCGGGGCCGCUGUUCGCGCCGUGGUCGCUCAGUUUGGAUCCCGUUUUGCAGCGGUCCGCCGCCGCCGCCGCCUUCGCUACGCAGGUCGUCAAAGACCGGCUGGCCGCAUCGUUUCCGAUGACGAGGCGAAUAGGGCACCCGUACCAGAACAGGACGCCGCCCAAGCGGAAGAAGCCCCGAACGUCGUUCACCAGGUUACAAAUAGCCGAGCUGGAGAAGCGGUUUCACAAACAGAAAUACCUGGCGUCGGCGGAACGGGCGGCCUUAGCUAAAACAUUGAAAAUGACUGAUGCCCAGGUGAAGACGUGGUUCCAAAACAGGAGGACGAAAUGGAGACGACAAACGGCCGAAGAGCGAGAGGCCGAGCGACAGGCGGCGAACAGGCUGAUGCUGUCCCUGCAGGCCGAGGCCCUCUCGAAGGGGUACAUGAGCGAGGGGCCGCCCCCGCAGCCCGGACCAGGGGAUACGGCGCUGAGCGCGCUCCAGAACCUCCAGCCGUGGGCCGGGCCUUACAGCGCCCCGCAGCCCGCUUUGGCCGAAUCGAUGUGUUAGAGGUUGAUUUUUGUUUGGUUGGUGUUUUUUUUUGGGACACGCUGUGUAUAUGCGCGACGAGCGUUUUUCACUUACUCUGGCCCAUCGGACUGAGCAUUUUAAUGUGCAAUAGUGCGUUAAGUAAUUAUUUUUUGUAUAUAGUUAUUAUUGGAUAUAAAUUUGGUGGGUUUUUUUUUUGACCUGGUUGUUGAUUGUUGUUGUUGUUACAAGCGAUUUUUACGCGGUACUGGCGGUACUGUUCAAGUGUGAAAUAGGAAGAAUUUAUCCACCCUGUAAGUAGGUAAUUUGUACCAAUUUUUCUAACGGGUUUUUUUUGUGAUUGCGAUAGAACCAUUACGUCUCUAUUGAAAAAUCAUUUUAAUCAUUUUUUUGCGUUAAUAUUUGGUUUCAUUGGUCAUUAAGCACGGCUAUUACAGUUUUUUAUUAUCCAAUUUUUACGAUUCGAA